CUUCCUGUGAGGAGAUGAAGAGAGACGACCUUUACAUUGAUCCACUUCCUCUUGACAACAUCAUCUUCUUCACCGCUUCUUAGUAGCAGAUAAACAUGUCGGGGCUCCUGAGGACCGUCGCCAACCGUGCUGCUCCCGUCAUGCGAGGACACACCGUCACUCUGAGGGCUAAUAUCUACAACAGCCCGGCCAAGGAGAAGAUCGGCCCAGUUGAAACUGUCAUUGCAAUGAGCAUGUUCUCCUUGGCCAUCCUGGGACCAGCUGGAUGGAUCCUGUCCCACUUGGAGGAAUACAAGAAUAAAGAAUAAAGUGGACAUUUCAACAGUCUCAUACCUCAUGUCUCCAGAGACAACCUGGGACCAUCAAUAUGUUCUGCUGCAGAGAAGAACAUGGAACAAGUUUUACCAUCACUCUCUACCUCUCUGACAGUCCACUCCACAUCCCACAUAGAAAGCAAACUGACUCUGUGCUGUAGCUCUUCCCUCUUAAACAAUAUGUUACAAGAUUAAACUUAAAAACAAUUAUGUUGCUUGUUGUUUAUGUUUCUUGUCUGAAUAUUCUUUGGAUAAAACUUUUUAUUUAAAACAUUA